GGCUCCGCGGCUUGCUUGGAGUCGGAUCUGCAGCCGCUCCAGCGGGAAGAUGGCGACGGAGGAAACGAGCGGGCAGUCCGGCUCCGGCGGCCAGGAGGAACUGGCGGGAACGAAAAGAGAGUUUGAUGUGGAUAAUCUGAGCAAGCCAGAACUGCGGAUGCUCCUUAGUGUAAUGGAAGGGGAACUAGAAGCACGGGAUCUUGUAAUUGAAACCUUGAGGGCAAAAGCCCAAGAGAAGAAAGGAACUCUGAAAAGAUUGAUUGAAAUCCUUCAGAUCAGCAAGUGAAAUGAAUACCAGAAUCAAGAACCCUCCACUAAGAGUGCCACACACUAGGUUAAAAUCUGGGGACAAGUAACUAUUAGACACUUUAAUUGAUCAUAGUGGCAGCACUCAUACAUACAGGAAAAGAGGGCGAGCACUCAAACCAUACAGGCCCAAGGGUUGGAGACCCUGUCAGCGUCAUCCUCUUGCCUAAUCCAGGCUCCUGUCAAGUGCUGAUUUUCCUUCAUUACAUCUAUAGUCAAUACACAGGGGUAAGUAAUACAGCUGAUGUGGUGGUGUUCCUCAAGUUGCAGGCUCCAACCUUCCAGCUAGUGCUCCUGACUACUUUCACUGAACUGUUUACUCACAUGCUUUUAGUUGUGCUCCAGGGUGGGGAUUCCAUCCAUUCUCUUGUGCCAUUGAUACAGUUCUAUUUGAAAAGUCAAUUUUCUCCUGCAGUAGCUGGUUUUUCUGCAUGGGCACUGAACCUAAUCAGAAGAUCUGUUCCUUGUUAUGCCGCAUUCCAUGGCCAAAACAUUGCUUUACCUAGGAUAAUGGGGAGUCAGCGCCCCUCUGUGCCAAAGUACAAGGAGUGAAUAAUUACCACACUCCUAUAGCAGCCAUUCGUUCUAUGUAAGCAAAUCAAACUUUUCCAACUUGGGCACUUAGCUGACACUAAUAGCGAGUUAGUGGGUUUCUGGUCCCAAUGAAUGAACUGUCUUAAAGUACUAAGGACAUCAGGUCACACAAGGUCAAGAUGAGCAGUGGAGGUAGAGGAGAAUCUACAGGGGAGUUUGCAUUCCUGCCAGAGCUGUUAAUCUGUAAAAUAGGGGAGGAUGACCAGAAAAUCAAGGCAGUCUUUUUAGUGUUUAAUGAAGGAUCACAGUGCUUAGUUACCUGUUCUAGACACACUCCAGUAUGCAGCCCAUUUCAGAGACAGGCUUCUGACUUGUGAACUGUUAGCUGA